UGGGUGGUUUUCACUUUUGAUUGAGGGAACCCUUCUCUUCUAACAGUUAUUUCCCAUCUCUCUCCCUCUCUGCUUCUCUCACGGGGUUGGCGGAUCUCUCUUUCCCUCUCCGUUCUCUUGCCCCUCUCUCUCUCUAUCUCUAUAUCGCAUCAGAUUAUGACGCAUGAAUGUUCCCGGCCCUUUUCUUGGUGAUCUCUGUCGCGUUCUAUUUCAAUGGGUUGUGAAGUCAGUUUGUGUUUUACAUUUUCCCUUUUGAGACUUGGUGUACAAUGGUUUAGCCAUGAUGCCAACUUUGGUUGGGAUUACAAGGGGAAUAGUAUUAUAGUUGGUAGAAGAAUGUGAUUAUCAGGAGGAAUUAUUGGAGGAGAUUGUGGUUGAUUUUUCAAUUCUUUGGGGACCCAUUUUUGUGGAUUCCUCAAUUGUUUGUUGGUGAUUUGCGGUGUGAUGGAUUAUCUUCCAGUGGAGGUGAUUGGUAAUAUUCUUUCACAUCUUGGAGCUGCAAGGGACGUCGUAGUAGCCUCUGCAACGUGUAGGAAGUGGCGUGAAGCUUAUUGCAAGCACCUUCGCACCCUUUCCUUCAAUUCGGAUGAUUGGUCUGUGUAUCGGGACUUAACUACAAGUAGGCUUGAGAUUCUGAUUACACAAACACUUUUUCAAACUACCGGUUUACAGGGAUUAUCUAUAUUAAUGGAUGAUGUGGAUGAGUUCUCGGCUGCAACUGUAAUUGCGUGGCUCAUGUAUACCAGGGAAACGUUGAAAUGGUUGUUUUAUAAUGUUCGCACCUCCCCGAAUGUCAACAUUCUUGAAAUAUGUGGGAGACAGAAGCUGGAAAUGUUGGUCCUUGCUCACAAUUCAAUCACAGUGUUUGAACCUAAUUAUCAGAUGUUCCAUUGCCUCAAAUCCCUUUCUUUAAGUUAUGUCAGUAUUUCAGCAUUAGAUCUGAAUUUGUUAUUGACGGCUUGCCCAAAGAUUGAAAUGUUAGCCCUAGUGAAUCCCGAGAUUGCAAUGUCUGAUGCACAGGUAAUUGUGGAGCUAAAUAGUGCAACAUUGAAGAGUAUCUACAUUGAAGCAGUAACUUUAGACAAAUUUAUAUUAGAAGCAGAUGUCCUCGAAAUUUUGCACAUCAAAGACUGUGCCCUCGAACUUUUUGAACUGAUUGGAAAAGGAACUUUGAAGCAUUUCAAGAUUGAUGAUGUUAGUGUUAUACAUCUUGAUGUCGGUGAGGCUGUUGAUAAUCUUGAGACUGUAGAUGUCAGCAAUUUCACUAUUAUUUGGUCCAAAUUCUAUCAAAUGAUUUCAAAGUCAUCCAAAUUAAGAAGGCUACGGCUCUGGGAUGUAGUAUUUGAUGACGAGGAUGAGAUUGUAGAUUUAGAAACAAUAGCUGUUUGUUUCCCACAGCUUACCCAUCUUUCAUUAAGUUAUGAUCUCAGAGAUGACUUGAGGGAUGGCGCUCUUCUUUAUGGUUGGCAAGGCUCAACUUCUUUAGAGCAUGUAUUGGUAUUGGAGCUUGGAUGGACUGUAAUUAAUGAUCUUUUUACACAUUGGGUUGCUAGUCUACUUCAAAGAUGCCCCAACCUUCUGAAGCUAAUCAUUCAUGGAGCGAUUUCGGAGACAAAGACACAUGAAGAGUGCCAAACAUUGGCAAACUUAACCUCUUCUGUUGUUGAGUUAAUGAGAAGAUACAUACAUGUAGACGUACAGUUUGAAUAUGAGUAAAUAUAGGCACAUACAGGAAUCCACAAAAAUCAAGCUCGAAUAUAAAAUAGCAUAUGAGGUUAGGCAGGUACUUACUGCUUUGAAGCCUGUGCUUCCUUUUUGUACUGUAUACUUGUUUGAAAUUCUUUGAUAAUGAAGUAGAAUAGUUUGUCCAUGAAA